GCAAAGGAUACAAAUGAGGAUGUGAGCUUCUUAGCCAACAUGCCCCGCUCAGUCAAGUCCCUAGUUGACAAGCGUGGACUUAGGUCAUCUUCCCAAGUGACCACGCCUCCAAUAGAGGACCUGGAAGUGGAAGAUGUUAUACCAGGUCGCUUAACUAAGGCCCAAUGGACAGACCUGUUGAUCCAGGAGGAUUCAGAUGAGAUAGUCGGGGAAAUAAUGGAGGAACUGUUCAGCAAAGUCAUGGAAGGCUGUUUCAAAGUGCACAUUAAAAAACAGCUGGCACCUUUUUCCGCAUUCUGGGCCAAGAGCUACCUCACAGAGAUUGUGGAGCAGCAAAUGAUGUGCUUAGAUGACGAAGAACAAGAGGAAGCAGCUAAAACAGAAGACUCAGAGCCGACACCAACUAUUCUAGAUUCCUGGGCUCAAGGAUGUGUGCCUGUAAUAAAGGUUAUUACACCUCAACCUCACUCUAUCAUGCAACAGGUGGCUGAUAUUGGUAAUGUCUCACAAAUAGAGCCAAGCCUAAACCAACAAUGUAAAACAACAGUCCAAAAAAGCAGUUCCCCAAAGCAAUCUAAGGAUCAAACAAGUCCUGAGAGGCCUCUCACUGACAAGCGCUAUACAGUGCUUACUCCUUGCCCACCACCCAAAAUGAAUAGGAAAAAAUUGCAGCCGGUAAAUCUACAUCCAAAGCCAGUUCAAAGCAAACUACUGCCACCCCUGUCCUGUUCAGUAGAGAAAAACAACAGGGUGCUAGCCAAUAAAAAUAGGACGCAUUCCAUAUCUAGCCCUAUAACUGGCUCUACUUAUCAACUAAAGGACAGAAAACCCAUACCCAAGCUUGACCCCUCCUGCUUGCCUCGACAUUGCAUCUUUCCUCAGUACGAGAUUGUGGAUAAAAACUACUCACAGUCCAUCUCCAAGAAACCAAGUGGACAAUCAAAACAGGAACCAUGGACUAACAAGCAGCAAAGUGAGCGGACAGAAAUCUCACUGAAGCCGCUAACCAGCUCCAAGGAUAAGCCAGCAAAGUUUCAGAGAAGUCAGGCAGAUAUCUGGCUGAAAAAGUUGUCAACUUCUAAACAUAGAAAGGAAGGAGUAGGUUCCUCUGGGCCUUUGCAGUUGGACACAAUGGAUUUAGCCAAAGGUGUUUCUUUCCAUGAAUCUCAGACAGUUGACAUUAACCCUGCCAAACGUAACCCUUCUGCCCACUCUACCGAUCUGAGUCUGAUACGAAGUGAUGCAGCUGUGCCACGCUGUUCAAUUGAUCAGGUUAUCAAAGGUCCAUCACCUCAGGUCAUUCAUUGUUUCAGUUCAAGAACAGCAACAACUCUUAAUAAAAUGUGAUCAUACGUGUCCAUAGCUGUUUUUAGAGCAGGUUGAUACGUUUUUGAAAUAAAAAUAUCCUAAUACAAAACCAUAUGAUCAGCUGUGGGCUUUGUUGUUAAAUAUUAUGAUUCAAUCUAAUCUACCUAAUUCUACCUGUUAACUACUGUGCAUUUAUAAUACCAAAAGUAGAAUAAUGUACAUUUAGUUUUGAAUACAGUGUUGGCAUUUUUUGUUCAUUAAUAUAUUGUUAUAGUAUUUAAAGAACGCAACUGUAUUUGUUAUCUAGAGCAUCAUCUGGUCUUUUAUUCUGAGUCUAUUUCUAGUUUCACAUCCAACUUUU